AUGUUAGUCAAGCUGGAUAAGUGGUGGAAAAGUAAGGCCCAUCGCCGUAUCCGGGGGGCUCGGGGGGCGCGAUUCGCCAGCCUCAGGUUCCAUGCUGUGUUUAUUUUCGCCGCGGUGGGUCUCGUCGAGUGGGUCAUGCGGUCGACUGAGAGCCCGACCGUCUACCACAUCUCGCCGCCGCCCGUGCCAGCGCCGCCACCGCUCCCAACUUCCAUCGGCUACUCGUUGGGUCAAGAAAUGCCGCACUUGCGAUCCAUGGAGCUCGAGGCGGAAAUCCCACCGCAGGUGCCACAGGUCCGGGGAUUGGAUUAUGUCUCACUGCGAAAAGAUGGAAGAUUUUUGUGA